AUGUGCUAUCAACUUAGCAGAAAACAUGCUACUGGCGUGAGCCUGUUGCUUUUUGUAGUUUUCUUGUGGCUCAUUAGCUCUUUUUUUACGAAUAAUUUACUGAAUGACCCUGGUUUCUUCAAUCCAUUUUUUAUUACAUAUUUGAACACCGGUACGUUUGUGUUCUAUUUGAUCCCAUGGUACCUUUUCGAGAGAAAUGAUUUGAAAAAAGAUAUUACAACCCAUGCUUCUGUUUAUGAAUCAUUGGACGGAACCCAAAAUCCGCACGCCUAUGUUCGAAACAGGCCUAUGACGGUUCGACAAACCGCCUCACUUAGCUUAGGCUUCUGUAUCAUAUGGUUUGCUGCUAACUAUUUCAGCAAUGGCUCUUUGGCGUUCACGAAUGUUGCCUCCUUUACCAUUAUAUCUAGCAUGAGUGGAUUUUUCACUCUGGGUUUGGGAGCCAUUUUUAACGUAGAAAAAUUUACUUUUGUCAAGCUACUGGCCUUAUUAGCGAGUGUCGGAGGUGUGAUUCUGGUCGUGAUCCAAGAUUCAAAGCAAGAACCUGGCAGGGAUAAUAGUCCUUCUCAACCAGCGUUGGGAAACACUUUUGCAUUAUUAGCUGCCUUUCUAUAUGGCUGCUAUUCCGUUCUAGUGAAGUUUCACGUUACAGAAGAAAACUAUGUUUCAAUGCGUUUGUUUUUUGGCUUGGUGGGACUAUUUGACAUUAUUUUGCUGUGGCCAUUCUUAAUCUUACUACAUUACUAUGGAGUGGAAAAAUUCCAGCUUCCUUCUACUAGUAGUGGAAAUGCAAUCUUGCUUUUGAAUGCUGGUAUAACUUUUGUUUCCGAUUAUCUGUGGGUUAUUGCUAUGCUAAUGACUAGCCCAUUAUUGGUAACUCUUGGAAUGAGCCUCAGUAUACCGUUAGCUUUGUUCUUUGAUAUAAUACUCAAAGGUCACUAUCUCAAUUUCACAUUAAUUUUCGGGUCUCUUCUGGUCUUCGCAGGGUUUAUCGUUGUAAAUUAUAACCAAACGACCUACCUUUAA